AUGCCCUGGUUGAUCCAUGCCUUUCGUAUGAUUCAGACAAAUGCAUGGAUCAGUGCUUUCUUCUGUCUAGGAGCUCUUGCACAACUAUCCGGCUACACGGUCCGCGUAUUUUCGACUUGUAAUCGAGCUGCCUUUUCAGUUCAAUCAGUCCUUUUACUACUCGGUCCGACUCUCAUUAUUUUUUCCGUCAAUUUGACUCAAAUAGAGUUUGCCCGAGUGAUUGAAGGAGAAAGGUUCUGCUGGAUUCCAAUUUCAUGGCAACCAACGCUUUAUUCAAUCUCGAACGCUGUCUUAAGGAUAGUCCAACUUGUGGGAGGCGUCAUAGCCACUGCAUCUUCAUCUAUCGAGACUAUCGAGGUGGGAACCAAGAUUACUAUCGCUAUCUGCGUGAUACAACUGCUCUUUUGGUUAUUUAAUCUUGCGGAAAAUACGUACAUGACAAUCAAGCUGCGUCACCAGCCAACGGAGGCCUGCAAUAGCAAAUUCCCGCAUUGGAAACGCAGGAGUCGACUUUUUGGCCUUUCUGUGUCCAUUAUCGCCGCUGGUCGUAAUGUGAUGCGAUUGACGAUGGCGGGCAGUGUUGCAUUUUGGUGGAUAAUGAGUGGCCAUCAUAUGUAUUUGAUGGCUAUCAAAUGGUGA